AUGCUCGGCCCGCUGAGAAGCGCGCCAGAGUCCCAUGGCGAGGAGGAAGGACUGUCGAUUCCGCUAGAGAAGCGGAGUGACGAUGCGGACAACAAAUGGGUUGUUGAAAAUACGCCAGAGGAUGCAUUCGAUGAGCACCAGCAAGAGCGACUGUCCCACACCAUGGACCCCGACUCGGGUGUGCGGCGCGGCCUCAAAAACCGGCAUCUGAGCAUGCUGGCGCUCGCGGGAAUUAUUGGCCCUGGUCUCCUUGUCGGUGCUGGGGGUGCCCUCUCGAAGGGUGGCCCCGCGUCCCUGCUCCUCGGCUUUGGCAUCGUCGGCAUCAUUGCCUUUUGCGUGAUGCAGUCCCUCGGCGAGCUCACGACGCAGUUUCCGCUUGGCGGUGCCUUUAUCCAGCUGGGCGACCGCACGGUCGACCGCGCCUUUGGCUUUAUUGUCGGCUGGAACUACUUUAUCCUGUGGGUCACUGUGCUGGCGAACGAGUACAACGUGAUUACCUCGCUGGUCACGGACUGGAGCGACAAGGUGCCGCAGUGGGGCUACUUUCUCAUUUUCUGGUUCGUCUUCCUGGGGUACCAGAUGCUCGGUGUCGAGAGCUUUGGCGAGGCCGAGUUCUGGCUCGGCCUCGCCAAGCUGCUUGGCCUCGCGGCCUACUUUAUCUUCUCGAUUGUAUACGUGUCGGGCGGCGUCAAUGGCGACGCCGUGGGCUUCCGAUACUGGAACAACCCCGGCGCGUUUGGCGGCCACGGCUUCCGCGGCGUGGCCGCCGUGUUCGUGUUCUGCUCCACGUUCUAUUCGGGCAUCGAGUCCGUCGCCCUGGCGGCCACGGAAACACGCAAUCCCCGCAAGGCCGUGCCGAGCGCGACGCGCAAGGUGUUCUGGCGAAUCCUCUUUGUGUAUGUGGGGAGCGCCUUUUUCUUUGGCAUCACCUGCCCGGCCAACGCCAGCGGACUGAUCAACGGGGCGAGCGAGAUGCUGCAGAGCCCCAUGACCGUCGCCAUCCAGCAGGCCGGCUGGGAGAACGGCAAGCACCUCAUCAAUGCGUUUAUCUUUGUGACGUGUUUGUCGGCCCUGAACGGCUCGGUGUACAUUGGCUCGCGUACUCUCCUGUUUAUGGCUCACGAUAACAAGGCGCCCCCGCUGCUGCGAUACACGAAUCGCCGGGGUGUCCCGGUGUGGGCCGUGCUGUUUACAAACGCAUGCGGCGCCCUCUCCAUGAUGAACGUCAGCACGGGCGCUUCAAAGGCGUAUAACUACAUCGUCAAUGUGUCGGGCGUGUCGACGUUCCUUGUGUGGGCCUCGGUGUGCUUUAUGCACCUGCGCUUCCGCACCGCUAUGCGCGUGCAGCACCGCAGUGUCGACGAGCUGCCGUACUGUGCCUUUUUGUACCCGUGGACCGCGUACUUUGGCCUUUUUGCCAGCGUGUUUCUCGCGCUCGUCCAGGGGUGGACCACGCUGUCACCCUUUUCGGCAGGCGACUUUGUCGAUGCAUACAUCAUGCUUCCGCUCUUUCCCGUUGGCUUCUUGGCCUACAAACUGGUGUUCCGCACGCGCUGGGUGCGUGCCACGGAGAUGGACUUGGACUCCGGACGCCGCUUCGACUUGGAUGACGACUAA